AAUCUUCACGUCCAUUCCUUGUUCAGAAGCUAAUUAGUGAGAGCAAGUGUGAUUAUCGGGAAGAGUUCGAAAGGAUGGCAUCACCAUCUCGGCGUCAUCUUGUGCAUGCCAUGGUUUUCGGCUUACUAGCAAUUAACGUGGCGGCCAAUAUUUAUGAUAAUGAGGAACCUCCUAGGCCACCUCAUGAUCACGAAGACCCACCAUUACCAUAUAAUCAUAAAAACUCUCUAUUUCUGCCAUCAGGACUUCUUCAUCGAGGAACACCGCCGCCGCCGCCUCGAUCACCACUACCUCCAAAUAAGAAGAAAACGCCCCCACCACCUCCAAAAAAGAAGAAAACACAGUCACCUCCACCACCAGCAAAAUCUCCACCCCCGCUACCACGAGCAAAGUCUCCACCUCCGCCACCAUCAGCAAAGUCUCCACCAUUGCCAUCAGCUUCACCUCCGACCUCAUCUUCAGCUCCCAUUUUACCUCCAUUGCCUUCUAAAAUUUCUCUCACUGUCCCUAACUCCCAAUUUAUCUCCAUUACAUCCUUAUACUCCACCGACAUCCUCUCCAAAAGUUUCACGAUUUCCAUCACCAUCCCCAACUCCCAAUUUAUCUCCAUCACAUCCUUAUACUCCCCCGACAUCCCCUCCAAGAAUUUCACCCAUUCCAUCACCAUCUCCAUCCCCAUCCCCAACUCCUAAUUUAUCUCCAUCACAUCCUUAUACUCCCCCGACAUCCUCUCCAAAAGUUUCACCAUCCCCAUCCCCAACUCCCAAUUUAUCUCCAUCACAUCCUUAUACUCCCCCGACAUUCCCUCCAAAAAUUUCACCCAUUCCAUCACCUCCUUAUACUUCUCCUCCACCCCCUCCACCUAUCCUCAAAUCUCCACCUCCUCCGAGGUUUACACUUUCUCCCUUAUUUCACUUUAAAUCCCCGCCACCUCCAUCUCCUUCCCCCCCUCCACCUUUCCUCAAAUCUCCACCUCCUCCGAGGUUUACACUUCCUCCCUUGUUUCACUUUAAAUCCCCGCCACCUCCAUCUCCUUCUCCCCCUCCACCUAUCCUCAAAUCUCCACCUCCUCCGAGGUUUACACUUCCUCCCUUCUUUCCCUUUAAAUCCCCGCCACCUCCAUCUCCUUCUCCCCCUCCACCUAUCCUCAAAUCUCCACCUCCUCCGAGGUUUACAUUUCCUCCCUUCUUCCCCUUUAAAUCCCUGCCACCUCCAUCUCCUUCUCCCCCUCCAUAUAUCCUUAAAUCUCCACCUCCUCCAUGGUUCUUUUUGCCUCCCUUUUUCUUUAAAUCCCCACCUCCUCUAUCUCCAUCACCUCCUUCAUCCAAUAAUUAA